UUCAAAUUCAACCUCUUACUUCCUGCGUAGCUUCGAAAAUGCAGUCCGCGGCACAACUACUCGAUGAAUUGAUGGGCAAAAAUCGUAAUUCUUUGCCCACAGAAAGGUCAAAAGAGAUUAGAUGGGACCAUCCAUCGGUGUGUAAGCAUUUCCUCUGUGGUUUCUGCCCACAUGAACUUUUUAUCAACACAAGAUCAGAUCUUGGUCCCUGUGAAAAGGUCCACGAUGAAUCGUUAAAAAGAUCAUUUGAACAGUGCAGCAGUCGUGAGAGGGCACGAUAUGAGGAUGACUUCCUGUCCUAUCUACAACAGAUUGUGGCUGAGGUCGAUCGGCGAAUACGCAAGGGCCAUUCCAGACUCGCUCUCAGCAAUUCACAGCAGCAGUUGAGCGCACCCAACCAAGCAAAGAAUGAGGAACAGAUUCGCUUGCUGACAGAGCGCAUCAACAGUCUAGUGGAGAAGGCAGAAGAGUUAGGAUGCCAAGGAGAGGUUGAAGAAGCUCAAGGAACCAUGAGACUUUGUGAACAGCUCAGAGAAGAGAGAGAUACACUCAAAGCAGCAGCCACCCAAGCUCUGGAUGCAGUCCUCUCCCAAGAGAAGCAGAUGGAGGUGUGUGAGGUGUGCGGAGCGUUCCUCAUAGUUGGUGAUGCCCAGUCCAGAGUAGAUGACCAUCUCAUGGGCAAACAACACAUGGGUUAUGCUAAGAUCAAGGCUACUGUAGAUGAACUUAAGGCUAAACGAAUGCAGCCGAUCCUGGAGCGUGAGGAACAGCGACGGAAAGAGCAAGAAGAGCGGGAGAAGAAGUUGGAAGAGGAGCGGGAAGAACGCCGCAAGAGACGAGAGGAGCGUGAGAAAGAACGAGAGAAAGAACGCGAGGACCGGCGCAAAAGAGAGAAGGAACGCGAAAGGGAACGCGAGAGGGAACGAGAAAGGGAACGAGAAAGAGAAAGAGAGAGGCGAAGGUCUCGGUCUAGGGAGAGGCGAAGGAGCAGGUCACGCAGCAGGGACAGACGACGAAGAAGUCGUGAUAGGAGACGCAGCCGCAGUCGUGAUCGUAGGCGUAGCCGUAGCAGGGACAAAGAUCGUAGGCGUAGCAGAAGCCGUAGUAAACACAGACGAAGCAGAGAGAGAAGCAGGGAUCGUCGCCGUCGUUCACGUUCCAGCAGCCGCGACAAACGCCGUCGCUCUCGCAGUCACUCGCGGUCACGCCGGCGAUCCCGGUCUCGAUCCCCAUCUCACAAGUCACGCUCCAAGCGCAGUCGCUCGGGAUCCAGGGGCCGGGACUCCAAGCACCGGGACCGUGAGUCCAAGAGCCGAGAGGAGACGGGCAAGGAUUGGGACAGAGAAGAGGCAAAGAAGUCCUCAGAGAAAGAGGCCAAUCAUGACAGCAAGGAGGAUACACCCAUGGAGGAUGGAACUCAGGAGACAAGGGAAGAUGGGGGAACAACGAAUGACACCAACAAUUUGCCAGAAGAUGCAGAUGCAAGAAAAGACAUCAGCGACCUAGAAGCCAAGACGAAGGUUGACACGCCAAGGUCGACCAGCAAGCACACCCCAGACAGGAUGGAGGAAGGAAUCCCCACCAAACCUGAAGGUGACACUUACUCUGAUAACUGACCCCACAGUUUGAAGGCCCAAGAGACAGGAUGAAGACAGGUGUAACCCUAUGAUGAAAGUCCAAGACACCUGACGCUUGAUGAUGUUAGUGAUGGUGAGAUGUACAAGAUGGAUUAUUGCUACAUGUCUUCAGACGUGUGAUGGGCCUUGUGUCACUACUGGGCUCUACUCCAGUAGGUUUAUUCAACUUCGGAACUUACUGAUGUCUUCAAGGAUCCUUGAAAUCAAGGUUUUUUUAUUUUUAGUUUUAAUGCAGGUUGUUCAAAUCUGCUACUUUAAUAAAUUCAGGCACUUCCAAGACAGCAUCUUUAAGUACUUUGUAAAUAAGGUACCGUUGCUUGAAGCGAUAAGUUGAGAUACGUGUGAAAAAUGGUACAACUGCGAUAACAUGGUAGAAUUUUCUUUACUUGCACUUGCAAAAAUGUAUAAUUUAAAUUUUUUUCAGCAUCAAAAGAUUGGCACAAAAUGCAUGAAAUAAAAAUGCACUUUGUAAAUGCUUUUCUAUGUUCCACCAUCACACGAAAAAAAUAAUAAAGAUGUAUGUAUUAGAUUUUAGCACUGUUUAAUUUGUGGUGUUGAAUGUUUAAGAACUCUUGUUGAAAGAAUCAGGUGUUAUCUUCUCAGCAGAACGUUGCAUUCUUCCUCUAUGCAGAGUGUUAAGCCAAUCAUGCCUCUCAUGGGCAGCAUACGUCCAAGGUGUACAGUUUAGUCUUACAUGAUCAUUCUAAGGUAUGUGGUUUAGUUAGGGGCUCUAGUGCACUUUGAUGACCGUUUGGACUGCUCUGAAGGUGGGUCACUUGAUGUUUUUUUUUUUAUAUAUGUUCUUGCAUGAAUCCCCGCUGAAUCUCUCGUUAAACUCUUGAUGUGAUUACUCAAGCAGUGAUUUGUGCUAAUCACAGUUGCUUAUUGACCCUUUUCCCAGUUGCAAUGAUCAAGAAUAAUUGUGAAGAGUGUUUCCUCUGACCGCGAGGCAGGAAAAGCCAGGAACUGAAGGUUUUGUACUCCAAUAAGCACAUUAUUUUAAGAUGGUAGCUGGAUUUUCCAUGUCAUUCAUUCAAAAAGGACCACUGCUUGAGAUGACCACAUCCUACUGCUGACCUGGGGGAUCGCGACACUAAAUCCAGAAUUUAGAAUUCCAGUUAUAUCUGUACACUUCAGUUCUAACAAGUUAAUUACCACACUGUUCCACAAUGCCUCAGACAAUAACAGCAAUUGUUUUUUAAGUUUGUCUUGUUUCUUGGAAACAAAUGUUGACAACUUCAGCAGAAUUUUGACUUUUUAUGAAUGCUGUAAACUUGAUAGCCAGUUGUUACGUUGAUGUUUUGAGGACGUUUGGUUAACAUGGCAAAAGUUGUGUACCUCAAGAACAAGGCAUUUACUGUGCAUAGGCACAGUUGAGAUUUAAAAGUGUGGUUAAUCCAUAAAAAUUCAGUUUUCAGUGACAGUUUUCUCCUUUUUUUUCAUGAAACUUAUGCUGUUUAUAGAGAUAACUUUCAUGAAGAAAUAACUAGUGAUUUUCAACUUUAAGAAGUAAAUUUGGGGUAACUGUCAUUUCAGAAUAUUUAUUUGGAACUCCACAAAUUGUAAAUGGUGAAUAGGUCAGAGACAUUGUUUGGAUUCACAUGGUGUCUCUUUAACUUUGGGGACGCCUGAUGUUAACAUGUUGGCAAAGAAGGUUCCAACAGACAUGAAUAAUUGUAUGUAAUCCAGGUUACCCGAGGGAUCUGUCAGUGGUCCUGGCAUAGCCUUCCUUUUUUUGUACUAGUCUGGAGACCAUGCUGCUUGACAGUAUCCAAGCAGACAUCUGGCAGGUGUUGGCAAGAUCUUCCUUUGACGCUAGAUUUAUCAGGUAUGUGAUCACAUCUGGGGCCAAUUUCAUAGAAUUGCAAAAAAUUUACUGAGGAAAAAUUUGUUGUGGGUUUUGUUUGGUUUUGAUUAUUUGUUGAGCCCCCCCCCAAAUAGUUCUGCUUCCUAUUACAUGACAUUUGGAAACGGUACACUGUCUUGAUACUGAUUCAGUGUACAGGUUGUACCGUACUUGGUUUAAAAUAAUCAGAGAAGAUGGGUGGCAUUUUUGUCAAAAAUAGUGUAGGUCGGGAAACAGGAAGCAUAACUUUUUUAGGCCUCGGCACAAACCAGGUUGUCAGCCCAUGUCAUACCCAGUGUGUAUUGCCAGGAACUGUUACCCCACUUAUUUUAUUUCUACAUAUAACGUGAGUGUGUCUAGCCAUGAAGUCUGCCCUGCAACUCUGGCAUUGGGCCCAGGUGACUUCGAAUAAAUUUGAUCAGUCCUUAGAAUGAACAUCCUUGUAAACCUUUUCAAUUUCCAAAACUAAGUUGCUUCUUUUGUACAUGUAUCAACAACUACAAGUUGCAGGGUUAAGAAGAAUCGUACCUGGUUAUUUGUUCGGUUAUAGAUUGUUUAAAAUCGUCACUUGAAUCAGAUCAUUAAUUUUUUGUAUUUUAAAAGAUUUUACUUGAAAACAGCAAAUGAAUACUAUUUUGCACAAUGCGAGUGCAUUAUCACCAACACAUUCGUGAAAACCAUCCUGUAUGCCUGUAUCAAUAAGAUUUUUUUCUCAUUUUUUUAUUCGUUUUGUUGUACGUCAAAAUAAAAUCUGUGACCAUCUGAAGAAUGUUCAAAGGUGUAGCAUAUCUCAAAAUAGAGAAACUUUGAAGAAUUGUUUCAUUGGAAGUCAUUUUUCUAUUUUAUAAAUAGGUUCUGGUUAGGUGUUUCAGACUGUGCACUGUGCUGAGUAUGUAAAUUUUUUCAAAUGUUUCCAAAAAAAGGAAUGUCUGAUGUUAUUUUUUGGUCAUUUCUAAUACCCUGUUCUAAAAUAGAUAAAACCAACACAUCGACAAUAAAACGUUUGUUUACAGUGACUGAUGAAAGAUGGAAAAAGUCAAUAAAAUUUGUGACAAAAAAAAUGA